CGUGUUCCGGGCGCGAUGGCGGCGGCGGCGGCGGCUUCGGCCCAGCGGGGCGGCGGCGGCGGAGGAGGAGGAGGAGGAGGAGCAGGCGGCGGCGGCGAUCCCGGGGCCGAUCCCGGAGCCGGGGCCGGCGGCGGCGAGCCCGCCCCGCCCCCGGGGGGCGGUGGGGCCUCCUCGGACCAGAUCAUGCAGACCGGGGCCAUCCUGCUGCGGGCGUUCGUGCGGGACCGCGUGCAGCGCUGCGGGGACCCCCAGGCCGUGGCGCUGAGCGAGGCCGAGCUGGGCCAGCCCCAGCCCAGCAGCCCCGACACCAAACGCCUCAGCGAGUGCCUGCGGCGCAUCGGCGACGAGCUCGACAGCAACAUGGAGCUGCAGAGGAUGAUCGAGCAGGUGGGCUGUGACGCCCCCAAAAAGCUGUUCUUCCGCGUGGCCAAGGAGAUGUUCGCCGACGGCACCUUCAACUGGGGCCGCGUGGUCGCCCUCUUCUACUUUGCCUGCAAGCUGGUGCUCAAGGCUCUGUGCACCAAGGUCCCGGAGCUGGUGCAGACCAUCCUGCGCUGGACCAUGGAGUACCUGCAGGAGAACGUGCUGGCCUGGAUCCAGGCCCAGGGCGGAUGGGAAGGGCUCCUGUCCCACUUUGGGACCCCCACCUGGCAGACCAUCACCAUCUUUGCUGCUGGCGUCCUCACGGCCUCGCUGACCAUCUGGAAGAUGUCCUAGACUCGGGGGGGGCCAUGUUCUUCCCCCCCCCGAGACCCCCGGGACCCCUCCCCUGCCGGCAGGGAUGGUGCUGACCCCCAGGCCCGGGGGGGUCUUUAACCAACACCACUCGCUCACCUGGUUUUUGGGGUGGUGGCCGAGCUGUGGGGGCCUGGGGGGGACACACCCCUCCCUCCCCCAAGGUCCUCCCCCCCCAGCCCUUCCCAGAGGUCACAGCUGGGAUUUGGGGGGUGGGGACACCCCCCAGCCCUGGCCUGCCCUCGGUUUGACCGCGGGAUUUGUGGUGCUUCGAGUUGGGGGG